AUGGUUGGUGGCCCACUCUGCGCAAUCUUCGGGUUCAUCGUGUUCUUUCUGGCUUUGUACUUCACUCCCGAAGUCAAAGUUCUGAACACGACCUUCGACGCCAGCAAGCCAGUGCUGGUGGUGGGCACAGGGCCGAGCGGUCUCUCCGCCGCCUGGAUGCUGGCGAAAAGUGGGCGACAGGUGUUGCUACUUGAGGCCGAGAGUGAGAUCGGUGGGCACUCCAAAACAUGGGUGGAACCCACCGACAAAGGCGAUUUUCACAUGGACAUUGGCUUCAUUUUUAAUAAUGUCCAUUACUACAAAUACCUCAACCUCACCAGUUACUUCGGCUACGAGACGAAGAACACCGCCUUGAACACCUCCGGGGCCUUCAAUGGCAGAUAUUGGGACAAUGUGCACUCAGAGCGAGGCAUUUAUGGCGAGGACCUGGAGCGGGAGGUGGACCGAUUUCUGGAGCUCGUGGAGGAGCCGGAGGACACCUUGAGGUCGGGCAAAGACCAGCAGGUUUAA